UAGCACUGUAGCCGGGUCAGAAAAACUCGCUGGUGUCUCCCACGAUCAGGUAACCCUCAGGGGCAGGACACGCCCUCAGAUACAGGGCGUGUGGGCAGCGCCUUAAGUAACCUCGAUUCCGGACAGCAGCGGCUCACAACAACGGUGUCCCCGCUGGGUGCCAGCCGUCCAGUGCUCGCCGGUCCCGCAGCUGCGGAUUGGUUCUCGACUGCGCCGUCCCGCCGGAGACCCGCUAGCCAUCGGCCUGCCCCCAUGUUCUGGGCCACCAGGAGGGUUCGCCAGCUCUUCCACAGCCUUUCUCCCGUGCUAAGAAUAGGUGACUCCGCUUCUACGAUGGCCAGCCCCAAGGACGCCUUGCCGGGGCGGAAGGAUCCAAUCUCCGUGGCGGCCAAACAUCAUGUCAAUGGCAACAGAACAGUUGAACCUUUCCCAGAGGGAACACAGAUGGCUGUAUUUGGAAUGGGCUGUUUCUGGGGAGCUGAGAGGAAAUUCUGGACCCUGAAAGGAGUAUAUUCAACUCAAGUUGGUUAUGCAGGAGGCUACACUCCCAAUCCUACUUAUGAAGAAGUCUGCUCAGGAAAAACUGGCCAUGCAGAAGUAGUUCGAGUGGUGUACCAGCCAGAACGCAUCAGCUUCGAGGAACUGCUCAGGGUCUUCUGGGAGAAUCAUGACCCGACCCAAGGCAUGCGGCAAGGCAACGAUCACGGCUCCAAUUACCGCUCAGCCAUCUACCCAACCUCCACCAUGCAGAUGGAGGCGGCCCUGAGGUCCAAAGAGGACUACCAGAAGGUUCUGUCAAAGCAUGGCUACGGCCCGAUCACGACCGAGAUCCAGGAGAGACAGACUUUCUACUACGCGGAGGAUUACCACCAGCAGUACCUGAGCAAGAACCCCAACGGCUACUGCGGCCUCGGGGGCACCGGAGUGUCCUGUCCCCUGGGCAUUAAAAAGUAAUUUCUCCCUACGUGGUCGGCCCUUGAAGUAACUGCGAAAACACUUUCAACAAAUCGGGCAGUUCUUUUGUAGUUCACUACAGUGGCUUUUUGAAGUGCACAAAGCACAAAGGCCUUCGUAAAAUCCGGAGCAUUAAGGUAUAAUUUACAUCAAGUGCCAUGGCAAGUUGAUAACAUGGAAUUUAUCUUCUAAUUAGUUGUGGUGGGAGGAGAGCUGUGAAAUUUUUUGGAUCAUUUGGGGUCUGAAUGAGGAUAAUGAAUAUGCUCUGUUCGCUUUUCCCUUGUCUGGGAGCCUGCCCUGGAAGCCGCGGAGGGGAGGGGGAGGCUGGCGGGCCGGAGGGGGCUUGCCGGACAGCCUGCAUCUGAGCCUGUCCCACCCGACGCGCCCUGCGCCCUCCAGUGCCUUACAGUGUGCAGACAUUUAUAGCCUCAAUGAAUCAUUCACUGCAAUACUUUGUUCUUUAAUCCUGUAGGUGUGUAAGGGGCUCGCUCUCUCUCUCUGCGGCCCUGCUGUGGCAGAGAAAAUGGGAGUGAGCUUGAUCAAUUCUAGCGCCUUGCUUACAGCUAUGAGAAAUGCUUGUUCUAAUAAAAGUCUAC